AUCGUACGAAAUCACUGCUGUUUUGAAAUACAAACGGAAAAGAAAGAAAGCAGAAACGAAUAAGGCAGCUGUGAAGUAAAAGAGUAAAGCUGUUCGAGAAAUCAAAACCGAAGGAGAAUAGUCAACAAAAGAUCGAUCUCAUUGUCGAUUUUGAGGGUUUUCCGAUCGGAUGGCGAGUCCUCAGUCGGGGCGAUUUGCAGUCACUCCGACGACACCGAGUAAUUCUUCUAGGGUUUUGAGUUUCAAAAGCCCUUUGAGUGAUGAAACCAUAUGGAAGCGUCUUCGUGAAGCAGGUUUUGAUGAAGAAUCGAUUAAACGAAGGGAUAAAGGUUCACUCAUCGCUCAUAUUGCAAAACUCGAAGCUGAGAUAUACAACCUUCAAAAUCAAAUGGGCAUUUUGAUCAUUGAAAAGAAGGAGUGGGUUGCCAAUUAUGAGCAGAUGAAAUCCACUGCAGAGACUGCUGAACUGACUGUAAAGCGCGACCAUGCUGCCCACAUGUCUGCUUUAGCUGAAGCAAAGAAAAGGGAAGAAAAUUUGAAGAAAUCCCUUGGAAUAGAGAGAGAAUGUGUUUCUAAUAUUGAGAAGGCGUUGCAUGAGAUGCGUGCAGAAUGUGCCGAGGCGAAGGUUGCAGCUGACAUAAAAUUAGCAGAGGCACGAAGUAUGAUGGAGGAUGCCCUUAAGAAGAUGACAGAAGCCAAUUCUAAGAUGCAAUCUGCAGAAUCUUUGGAAGCAGAAGCUAGUCGGUACCGCCGUGCUGCUGAAAGAAAGUUACAUGAAGUUGAAGCACGUGAAGAUGAUCUUAGGAGGCAGAUAAAUUCAUUCAAGUCUGGGUGUGAUGUAAAAGAAAAAGAAAUUCUUCUUGAAAGACAAUCUUUGGGUGAAAGGCAGAAAUCUGUACAACAAUCACAGGAAAGAUUACUUGAUGGGCAAGCCUUGCUAAAUCAACGGGAGGAUUACAUUUUUAGCAGGACUCAAGAAAUAAGCCGCCUUGAGAAGGAGCUGCAGGCAUUAAGAUUAAACCUUGAGGAGGAGCGUAAAUCCCUUAAAGAGGAAAAAUACAAUUUGGAGUUAAAAGGAGCUUCCUUGGAUGCGAGAGAUGAGGAUAUAACCAAGAAGGAAAAUGAGUUAAAAAAGAAGUCUGAAGAGUUGCUAAUGCAGCAAGAGGAAAUUGCAAGCAAGGAAUCUGACCGAAUUAAACAGGUGAUGGCUAAUCAUGAAGCUGCUUUGAAAGAAAGAAGUGUUCAGUUUGAAGCUCAGCUAGAAACAAAGCUCAAGUUAAUGGAGGACAAGAUUGAGAGCAAGAGGCGGGCUUCAGAAUUAAGGGAAGUGGAGCUUAGUCAGCGGGAGGAUUUAAUUUCAGAAAAAGAGCAUGAUUUGGAGGUUCAGGCAAGAGCUGCUGGUGACAAGGAGAGGGAUCUUUUAGAAAAACUGAAUGCUGUGGAGGAGAAAGAGAAAAGUGUCUUUGCUGCUGAAAGAGAGGUAGAGUUGCAGAACACUAUAUUGCAGAAAGAAAAAGAAGAGGUCAAUCGCAUGAAAAAUGACCUUCAGAAGUCUUUGAAAUUAUUGGAUGACAAAAGCAAAGAAAUUUCUCAUGCAGAGGAGAAAGUGGAGGCCAUGAGAACCGAAACAAAUGAAUUAAUGAUUUUAGAAGGCAGGUUGAAAGAAGAAAUUGAUUUGAUAAGAGCUCAAAAGCAUGAACUUGAGGUUGAGGCAGACCAGUUGAAAACAGAGAAGGCAAAGUUUGAAGCAGAGUGGGAGCUGAUUGAUGAAAAAAGAGAAGAAUUGAGACUUCAGGCAGAGCGUAUUGCGGAAGAGAGAGUUACCAUUUCAAAGUUUUUGAAGGAUGAGCGUGAUGUCUUGAAGUUGGAGAAGGAUUUAAUACGUGAACAGUAUAAAAAAGAUGUUGAAUCGCUUUCUCAUGAUAGGGAAACCUUCAUGAGAGAAAUCGAGCAAGAGCGUUCUGAAUGGUUCAGUAAAAUUCAGAAAGAACGCACAGACUUUGUGCUAGAUAUCGAGAUGCAGAAAAAGGAGCUAGAGAAUUGUAUUGAAAAGAAGCGUGAAGAAAUAGAAAGUUACCUACGAGAAAAAGAAAAAGCUUUUGAGGAAGAAAAGAAGAAAGAACUUGAGUAUAUCUCAUCCCUUAAGGAAACAGCAGCAAAGGAAUCAGAACAGAUUAACUUUGAGAUGCAAAGACUUGAUGUGGAGAGAAAAAAAGUUAAUAUGGAUCAUGAGAGAAGGGAUAAGGAAUGGGCAGAGUUAAAUGAUUCCAUUGAAGAACUUAAAGUUCAAAGACAAAAAUUGGAGAAACAGAGGGAACUGUUGCAUGCUGACAGAGAAGAGAUUCUUGCUCAGAUUGAACAGUUGAAGAAAUUGGAGGAUCUGAAAGAUGUUCCCUAUCGUAUCGCUGCAAGUGAGAUUGAAGAAUGUGAUUCAGAUUCCCAAAAACAUUCUGCUGUUGCAAAAAGAUAUCUCAAGCGUCGGACUAAGUUGGAUUCGAUUCCCAAAACUGGUGGUGAUGAAGGUGUUGCAAAUGAUUCAUCUACUAAACAAGAAUUAGAUAAUGGCUCUCCUCCUGUCUCAACUCCUUUUGGGUGGCUUAAAAGAUGUGCUAGUACUUUGCUGGAACAAACACACAGUAACAAGAAAAGGAAGCAGCAGAAGGAAAUAAAACAAUCCGAGGAAAGUAUUACCACCCGUGGGUUAUCAUCAGAACGCAAGACUCUGGACGAUGAGCAUGGAGCGACUGCAGUAGGUACCAAGGAGACCACUGUAUAUAUAGACAAGAUCAUCACAAUUCGAGAAGUAACAUCUGUUGGUGGUGAAAAUGCUACGGGAAAUAAUCGGGAGGGGGCAGAGAAGGUGAAACAGAAAGGCGAUUCAGGAUCAGACGAUACCAACAAAAAAUUGAAGGGACAAGUUGAAGAGUGAAGUAGUGAUAUGUGUGCAUAAUCACCCAUAUAUAUAUAUAAAUAGUUAUAUAUAGAUAUUAGGGUUUUAGGUACAGAAUGGUGUGAACCUAACUCCUAUUAGGGUUUGUGCAAGGGUAUUUUUAGGAAAAUCUUAGAGGAGGUGAUGCUUAAGGUUUUUGGUUGAUGAGUUGUAAAUGGUUUUGGUUGGAUUGGGUAUUGCUUGUGGUCAGUUGGUUGCUGAUGCUGCUUGUAUGUUUGUUUAGCAAAAUUUAAGCUGACGCUGUGUCUAUUUAUUACAGAAAAACGCUCAUGCUUUGCAUUU